AUGUCGACUGGAGUGGCCGAUCAAAACGAAAAUAGCAAACUCGACGAUCUAGCUUCAAUUCCUCGCCAUCGUUCUAUUUCACGUGUUGACGAAUCUGUUAUUUCACGGCCGGUCGAGUCGAGUCAAGUCUCGAACAAACAACCUGUCAACAUGGCACAAACACAACGAUCCCGAUACUUGAAGACGGGCGCAAUCAUUGCCUUCAUUUUUAUGGUCUUGAUGUGGCUUUCCCCUUCUAAGCCGAGUGUCCCAAGUGGUAUCAAUCAGCAACCACCUUCAAGCAGUGGCGCAUCAGGUUCCGCGAAAUGUACCAAGCCAUUUGAUUCCUCCAAGCCUCUCAUCCAGUAUGUCCUCAUGAUCGAUGCCGGCAGCACCGGGUCUCGGAUUCAUGUGUACCGUUUCAACAAUUGCGGCUCUACCCCAGAACUCGAGAACGAAGUAUUCGAACAAACCGAGAUAAAGAGUGAUCCAGGAUCCGGUCUCAGUUCUUAUCGGGAGGAUGCUGAGGGUGCAGCCCGGAGUCUGGACCCUCUUAUGGAAGUUGCCUUGAAAUCGGUUCCAGAGGAGUACAGGUCGUGCUCUCCAGUUGCCGUCAAAGCCACAGCUGGACUUCGUUUUCUAGGUCCUGAAAUAAGUGACAAGAUUUUGGAAGCUGUUAGACACCGCUUAGAGACCUCCUACCCCUUCCCCGUUGUCUCCAAGGAGAAGGGUGGCGUCCAAAUUAUGGACGGUUCGGACGAAGGUGUCUAUGCCUGGAUCACGACCAACUACUUGUUGGGCAAGAUCGGUGGACCCGAUGAGACUCCUACGGCCGCCAUCUUUGACUUGGGUGGUGGUUCCACUCAGAUUGUCUUCCAGCCUACUUUUGAGCAGAGCAAGGCUGGUGGUAUGCCGGAGCACCUUGCCGCUGGUGACCACAAGUACGAACUUAACUUCGGUGGCCGCGACUUUGAGCUGUACCAGCACUCUCAUCUUGGAUAUGGUCUUAUGUCUGCCCGCAAAGCCAUGCAUCACAUUGUCGUGGAGGCGAAGCUAGCUCACAGCCCUCAGGACUUAUCCUGGGUCGGGCAGCCCAUCUCUAACCCCUGCAUUGGUCCUGGAAUGCAGACUGAAGUUAAACUUGAAUUCCCCGCCAAUCAUCCCCUGGGACCAGGUCCUAUCAAAUUCGUUAUGGUCGGCCCGAAGGACAAAUCAAUGGCCCCUCAGUGCCGUGCUCUCGCCGAGAAGAUCCUGAAGAAGAACGAAGAUUGCAAGCUUGCACCCUGUUCUUUCAAUGGUAUUCAUCAGCCGUCUCUCGCAAAAACCUUCUCUCGGGAAGACGUGUACAUUUUCUCCUACUUCUUCGAUCGCACUGCUCCUCUUGGCAUGCCCGAGUCUUUCACUUUGGAAGAGCUUCAACAGCUGACCUCCACUGUCUGUGCCGGUGAGAGCGAAUGGGGUUCCUUUGAAAAUGUUGGGAAUGCACUCGCAGAGCUUCGUGGCCGUCCCGAAUGGUGUAUGGACCUUAGCUUCAUGAUGGGUCUGCUACACACUGGUUACGAAAUGCCUCUGUCCCGAGAGGUGAAGAUCGCUAAGAAGAUCAAGAACAACGAGCUGGGCUGGUGUCUUGGUGCAAGCUUGCCUCUCUUGAGCCAGGAAUCUGGCUGGACCUGCCGCAUCAAGGAAGUUGUUUGA